CGGUGCGGCCCGGCCGGGGGAGGGGUCGCGGCGGCGUCAGCGGCGGCGCCCGGGCGGUGGGAGCGGAGGCGCCGGAGCAAGAUGGCGGCGCGAGUGCUGCGCGUCUGCGGAGCGGCCUCGGCCGGCGGCCUCCUGCAGCAGGCCGCCCCCUGUAGCCUCCUGCCCGGGCUCCGGAGAUUGUCAUCUUCCAGUAACCGACCUCGAGAAGACAGCUGGUUAAAAUCCUUGUUUGUCCGAAAAGUUGAUCCAAGAACAGAUGCUCAUUCUAAUCUCCUCGCCAAGAAAGAAACAAGCAGUUUAUACAAAUUACAGUUCCAUAAUGUGAAACCGGAGUACCUAGACGCAUACAACAAAAUUUGUCAAGAGGUGUUACCAAAGAUUCACGAAAAUAAGCAGUACCCCUGUACUUUGGUGGGGACCUGGAACACGUGGUAUGGCGAGCAGGAUCAAGCUGUUCACCUCUGGAGGUAUGAAGGAGGCUAUCCAGCCCUCACAGAGGUCAUGAAUAAACUCAGAGAAAAUCAGGAAUUUUUGGAAUUCCGUAAGGCAAGAAGCGACAUGCUUCUCUCCAGGAAGAAUCAGCUGCUAUUGGAGUUCAGUUUCUGGAACGAACCUGUCCCACGUUCAGGACCUAAUAUAUACGAACUCAGGUCUUACCAACUGCGACCAGGAACUAUGAUUGAAUGGGGCAAUUACUGGGCACGUGCAAUCCGAUUCCGGCAGGACAACAAUGAAGCGGUGGGAGGAUUCUUCUCUCAAAUCGGGCAGCUGUACAUGGUGCAUCAUCUCUGGGCUUACAAGGAUCUUCAGACCAGGGAAGACAUACGGAAUGCCGCGUGGCAUAAACACGGCUGGGAGGAGUUGGUGUAUUACACAGUCCCACUUAUUCAGGAGAUGGAAUCCAGAAUUAUGAUCCCACUGAAGACCUCACCCCUCCAGUAGAGUGACAGGACUUAGAUGUGCCUACGUGAACCUUUGGGACAAGUACCUGUCAAAAACUUAACUCCAGUUGUACAUCAAGUAAAGAACACUGAAGGUCAAACCGCUGUACAUAGCUUAUAAAAUACCUCUUUUUCUCUAGUAUUUCCAUCAUCACAGGAAAGGAAAUGAUGACAGUGUGACUGUAACAAGUGUUCUGUCGUCCUCUUUGAAACAUCACCGUUUGUUGAACUAGUAUCGAGCCACAAGCCCCCAUCCUCAGGGAGAAGGGGUCCCAACUGCAAAAUUUUAAUCAUAUCCAGCUAAGAACCCAAUCAUAAAAUAAAAUUUAAAAAAUUAAUUUAAAAGCCGUUUAUUUAUAAAAGGGAAAAUCUGUUUUGUAACUACAGUGUUUUCCUUUUGUAGAGCAAUUUCUUAAAUCAGGUAGAAAUACAAAUUUUGUCAUGUUUCUGUAGAAUUUUUCCUGAGUCUUUAACUAGAAAUGAAUUUUGAGAGUACCUAAUAGCUAAGAAUGUUUUAAAUCCCUCGCUCUCUCGUUUUUCCUCAGUUGGCAUAGUAGGCAGUGAAUGAGAUUGCCAAGAUAUGUGUAAUCAGUAAUUCAGUCUCCACUUAAAAUAUGUGAAUUCCUGUAUAGGAGAGGGGGGGAAAUGGCUCGGACCUGUAUAUCAUAGAUUUCGAAAUGGACACCUUGAAUAGCACUAAUUUUUAUUUGUACUAUUUUUCUAUAACAAAACAGGUAACACUAGGAAAAAAGAGGUUUUAUUUUGUAAACAAUCAUUUUGUGACCUCUAGGGAAUAUUUUGGUGAGCUCAAAGCAGAUACUUUUAAAUAAAUCAUGUGUGAGGGAUGCUGCAUGUUGAGAUUUUAAUUGACAUAACACUGCAGACUUUGUUUGAUUUAGUUGUGUGUGUGUUUUUUUUUUAAGAGUGUACCAAUUUUGUGAUGGUAAUCAUGUGAAAAUCUUAUUCAAAAUGAAAUCCUAUAUCUGAUUAAAGAAUUUAUGUGUAAAAUGUAUGUGUGACUAAAUCUCACAUCAUAUGUCAGACUUCUAUGUGUGGAUGGCUUUAUUCAAGAACAUAUAUAUAUAUAAGUCAAUAAAAUCCUCUUCGUUUUCACAUUUGUGAUUAUUUCUUAUGAAUUUGUGCAAGAAUGGCCCUGUCACUCCCAGAAGUCUAGAAUAAAAAAAUAAA